UUAUACUUCUUAUCUAGUAGGUAGGCAAAUAGAAGGUAAUUAUAAUGGUAAAACAAAUAGCUAUUACUGUGUACUAAAUAAUGUUACGCGGUUGUCACAUCCUCACCGAAGGCAUAAAGGUGCAUUCUGCUCUCUGCCAAGCCAGUAACAUUGCCAGUAAGACAAGUGCGGCCUCGUUAGUUACGUCCAGCAAUAUGAAUAACAAGUUCAAAUUACCAGCACGCUAUGGCGCCGGGGAACAAAGCGUAUGGGUAGAGUACAUUGAGCUGGUUGCCAAGUACAAGCCAGCGGUGAACUUAGGACAAGGCUUCCCGGACUAUCACGCCCCCAAACAUGUCACGCAGGCACUGGCUGAGAUCACAACAGGCGACAAUCCUCUGCUCAAUCAGUAUACUAGAGGAUUCGGCCACCCCCGCCUCGUGCAAGCCAUUUCAAAACUAUACUCGCCUCUGAUAGGCAGGGAAAUCAACCCCCAAAAUGAAGUUCUUGUUAGCAGCGGAGCCUAUGAGGCACUGUAUUCUGCCAUUCUGGGGCACGUUGAUGCAGGCGAUGAGGUGAUUGUCAUUGAGCCCUUCUUCGACUGCUACGAUUUCAUGAUAAAGAUGGCCGGCGGCAUUCCUAAAUUCAUACCUUUGAAACCGAAAAAAUCCGGCGCCGCGACAUCCUCAGACUGGGUCCUGGAUGAGGCUGAGCUGACCGGCCUCUUCGGGCCCAAGACCAAGAUGCUCAUCCUCAACACCCCUCACAACCCGCUGGGCAAGGUGUUCUCACGCGCUGAGCUGGAACUUAUAGCAAACUUGUGCAAGAAGCAUAACGUUCUGUGUCUGUCGGAUGAAGUGUAUGAGUGGAUUGUGUAUAAGCCACAUGAACAUAUGAGGAUCGCAACCCUCCCCGAUAUGUGGGAGCGCACGAUCACCGUGGGCUCAGCGGGCAAGACGUUCUCAGUGACCGGCUGGAAGAUCGGCUGGGCGUACGGGCCGGCGCCUCUCAUGCGGAACCUACAAGUCGUCCACCAGAACUGCGUGUAUACUUGCUGUACACCCGUACAGGAAGCCGUGGCCCGCUCCCUCGAGUUCGAGAUUGAGCGCUACAACUCCCCAGACUGUUACUUUUUCUCGCUGGCCCGAGAGUUGCUAGCCAAGAGGGAAGUGUUAGUAGACGCACUGAAGAGCAACGGGUUCAAACCCACCGUGCCUGAUGGAGGUUACUUCGUGGUAGCUGACUGGACGGGGUUAGCCGACAAGAUAGACCUGUCAUCUGAAACGGACAAGUACAAGGACUACCGUUUCACGAAGAAGUUCACGAAGGAGGCAGGAGUGCUCGCCAUCCCUCCCAGCGCCUUCUACUCCGAGGCUAACAAGCAUUUGGGAGAGAACUACGCGAGAUUCUGCUUUAUAAAGAAAGACGAAAAUCUCAUCUUGACAGAAAAACUGCUGAAGGAGUGGAACGCAAAGAAAAAGUGAAGUGUUAUUGUGAUAAUCAGGGUGGCUAGCCGAAUGGCACAAACGCUCACGAAACGCUCACGAAACGAAGCGCUAGUAGAUAUCUAUCUCUAUCGCGCUUGCGUAUUGGCGCGACAGAGCCAGCGGCGUAUCGCUUUCGUUUGGCGUCGGAGAAAUGCCAUUCGGCUACGGGGCCUGAUACGAUAAUGUAUAUUACUUAUAUAUAUAAUUAUACUCAUUUUGGUAUAUUUUUCUACGCUCGUAGCCAAUAAUUAUUUUGUUAUAUUACUUAUAUAUAUAAUUAUACUCAUUUUGGUAUAUUUUUCUACGCUCGUAGCCAAUAAUUAUUUUGUUAUAUAUGCACAUAAAAUGUUAAAA